UUGCGUAGAUGAGUUUCGAGUUCCAAAUGCCAUUUAAAAAAAAAUUUAUCAUUUUUCCAUAUUUAGAAUUAUCUAAAAAUGCGAGCUUUUUUGAAUAAAUUCUUAUUCUUAUGAGCCAUUAAAAAGUCAUACCAGUUUCUAUUGUUAUUUUUUAUUGGCAAAGCAUAUGCUUCAGAAUAAUUUAUUGCCUUUGCGUAACAAGGUUGAAAACGUGUGAUACGAAAAAACUAUGGCAUCACAAACUAAUUUCAAUGUAUCUACGGGUAUACAGUUUCGUGCUCAAGACUAAAUGAACUCAUUGAAAAAGAGUAUAAAUACCGAGUCAGUUCAAGCAAUACUUAAUUUCAAGAGUUCUCUUUACAUUGAGGGUUUCACUAGCUUCGCAAAGAUGAGGCUACAUAUUUCGAUUUCGGUGCUUAUUGCAUGCGGAAUGCUAGCUGUAGCAUCUGCUCGUACCAUGCAGGCAUCUGAAGACGCAUCGUGCCAGGGUGCAUCUAGUGAUUCGUCAGCACCGAGACACUAUUCCUCAAGUCAUUCGAAUCAUUCAUUAGGUCAAGACGAAUCGUCUCUGAGUUCGUCAUCCGUUGGAAGAUCGGAACAUAACAGAUACGCUGUUUCUAAUGCUGAAUCCUCAAGGAACCUAGCUUUACAAAAUGAACAGCAUGGAUCCAGAACCGUUUCGAACCAUCAUCUGGCUCAAUCCCAAGGAUCGCGGCAUCAACAAUCUCAUGUUCAAUCGUUCAGCAAGCAAGAAUCUCAUGCUCAACGAGCCGGGCCCCAUCAAUCUCAGUUUCAAGUAUCUAGACAACAAGAAUCUAUUGAUCAUGGACAUCACGAAUCUCAUCUUGAUGUUGCAAGGCAUCAGCAAUCGUCUGCCGGGCUACAGGGUUCACAGAUACAGUCAUCUAAACAAUAUUUUGUGAGAGACAAUUCGGAAAAUGAUGGCAGCUAUGGACACAGCAGCAGUAGCGGUCAGGAUUAUAGAGUCAUCAGGGGUAGCUCUGGCGAUAGCAGUAUCGACAGAAGACACAACCAACAAUCUAGCGUUCACACAUCUGAUCAGCAUAAAUCUCAGCACGAUCUUUCAAGUCUUCAUCAAUCUUCAGGACAACAACACAGUUCACAACUUCAGUCAUCCCAUCAACAACAGUUGUCUCGGAAUUCAAAUUUACAUUCUGAAGGUAGCCACGUAUACACCAGCAGUGGUAGUCGAGGUUUAAGCAGCAGUGAUGACAGUAAUAAAUAUUAUGUUGUAAGCGACAAUGAUGGAAUUAACGACAAAAGGGUUAUUGUCGUUAACAAGAACAAUUCUGAUGAUAGCAACUUAAACACUGAUGGUAGCAGUUGUAGGACAACAGAAUUAACUAAAGAUAACAGCGACAGCGACGAUAGCAGUGAUAGCAGCGACAGCAAAUCAUGAGAUCAUUUAAUCUCAAAACUUGUCACAAGACAACUAUACGUAGUGAAAUAGUAUAAAAAUAGCGUUAGAAUAAAUGGAUAGCAGUUGA